AGAAAGUGUAGAGGAUCCUAGAACUGUAUGAUAUUAUCCAAUUAAGAAUAAUAAUAGACAAUAUUUGAAUUUUGAGUUAUUAUUCAUUAUCUUCUUGGUAUUAUAAAAAAAAUAAAGUUACAUAAAUUUGUAGUUUAUAUUUUUGAUGUAAAUAGUUUAUUUAUUACUUUGUAUUAAAUCAAAAUGGCUUCUGCAUUAGAAGAAAGAGAAGAGCAAAGCUCAAAGUGUUUUAUUUGCAAUGUUAAAGUGACUACUAGAUCUUCAUAUAAUGUUUAUUGCACAUUUAUGCCCCAGAGAGAAGUAUUACUUGUGGAUGUUAUGUCAAAAAUACUAAAAAAAAUGUUAAAUCCUAAUCAAAUGAGAAGUUCAGUGUUAUGUAGAAGGUGUUUUACUCUCUUUGACGAGCUUGAUCAGAUAUCUUUACGUUUUAAGAAAUUGCAAUCUGAUAUAGUUAAACGUUAUUCGUCUACAUGCUUAGAAUAUAAAGAUAAUGAUUUUAUUGCUGCAGUAAAUAAUAUGGUUCCACAUAUGUUGGAUGAGUCAUUAACUAUUGAAACUGAAGAUAAAUCUAUGAGCAAUGAUAAUAAAAGUCAAGAGAAAACUCCUAAAGAAAUUGAUGAAAUUGUAGAAACUAUCAUUAACAAUUUACAAGCUGAAGAAACAAUGGAUCAAGUUGAGUAUUUUGAAUCUAACAACCAAUCAUGCUUAAAAAGAAAAAAGGUUUCCAUAAAUGAAAAUGUUACUGAAUGUAUUGUUGACAAGAUAGAUCAUUCAUUAUCCAAUAUUACUAAACAAACUCCUAAUGAAAGUAGACUCAGGAAGCGUACCCUCAGUACAAUAUUUAAGUGUGAGCAUUGCGAAGAAACUUUUCAAAGAUCUCUUGAUUUAAAAAGCCAUUGCACCACUAUUCAUCAAACACUUCAAAAGCGGUUUUAUUGCACUAUAUGUAGUAAAAGUUAUUCAACAAAGCAAUCAUUUAAUAAUCAUGUAUUGAAAGAACACAAAUCUUCUGAAAAACAAAUUAAUGACAAAUCUGGUACAGCAUGUAACAUUAAAGUUGUAGUGGAAAAUGAAAAGUCUCAAUGUGAAAAAAUGUCUACUAUUGAAAUAAAUAUGGAAAGUACUAAUGAUUCUACUGAAGAAGUAAUAGAAGAUGUUAAACCUGAUUUUUCUGUUGAAAGCAACAUAUAUUUGGAAGAAAUCGUACAGGAUGCAAAUGACGAUGAUGAUUUUGAAUGGAAGGAAAUUGAAAAAGUAGAUUGUGAUGAAAACAAAACUGAAGAUAAUACAAGUACACUUGACGAUUCAAUAAUUUCAAACUCAGGUUCAGAUAGAUCAGGUAAAAGACAAAUGAAAAAAGGACGAAAAAAAAGAGGGAGCUCUCGUUCAGGCGAAAGAGCAUGUUUACCUGCUAUACAUGUUUGUGAAUUGUGUGGUAAGAAGUGGAGAACUGUUACAGAACUAAAGUCGCAUAUUCAAUCACAUAGCACUAUAAGGCCUUACGCUUGUGAGGUUUGUGGUCAAGCUUAUAAAAUGAAAAAGGCCUUAGAUGUUCAUGUUGGUAUGCAUAAUGGAAUACACCCAUUCACUUGUGAGUAUUGUAAUAAAUCUUUUACUCAAAAAGUUGGAUUGCAAAAACAUAUUCCUAUUCACACUGGAUAUACCAGAUUUCAAUGUGAUUUAUGUGGAAAAAGAUUUAUUCAUCAAAAAAGUUUUCAUAUUCAUACAAUGACACAUACUGGUGAGAAACAUGUAAAGUGUCCCGAGUGUGGUCUAGCUGUUUUAUCUCAAUCUCAUUUAAAACGACAUUUAAGAGUUCAUACUGGUGAGAGACCAUAUGCUUGUCCUAUUUGUGGUAAACGUUUUGCAGAAAAAUAUAAUAUGAAUGCACAUCUACAUGUACAUGAUAAUAAUGGUGGAAAUGGAUCAAGACGAAACAGGAAUCAUGUAUGUCAAUUAUGUGGUAUGAGUUAUGAUCGUAAACAUAAAUUAGAGUAUCAUUUGGCUUCUUCUCAUAAUAAAAUUGACAAUAAAGUCACUCAAGAUGAACAACAGCCUCAAAAUGAAUAUUUUCAAGAUGGUUCUCAAGGUCAUCAAAUAAUUGCAGUAAAUAAUAGUGCAAUUGAUCAUACAAAUACUACAAUGAUUACUGUAAGCGGAGUUAAAGUUCCAUUAUCAAUAGAUGGAACACCAAUUAUGGUCGCUUCUAUGCCUCCACAAACUCAAACUAAUUUAGUACCUCUUAAUUUACCAGCUGGUUCUAUAUUAACUUAUACUCAAUCGAAUUCCAAUGAAAAUGAUCAAUCAAUAGUUGAUGAAACUCAAAAUAAUUAUAUGCAACAAAAUCCAGUUACUAUACAAUUAUCAUAAAAAAAUUUAAAUUAUUUUAAGAUAUUAAUUUUAAAUGACUUCAUGAUUUUUAUUACUUUUCUUUCUAAUCAUAAUUAAGAUUAAUUUUAGAGUUAAGUUUUUAUCUUUAUAUUUUUUUAUUAACUCUUUAAUUUGUAUGAAAUAUUUUUCUUCUUAUAUUUAUUACAUGGCCUUAAUAUUUCAUUUUGACUUAAAUGUUUUUAUUAAC